AUGGCAACGUAUUUUGUCACUGGGGCAUCCCGGGGCCUGGGCCUCGGCAUUUGCACCGCCCUGGUUGCCCGCCCGGCGACAGAGGUAUCCGCCGUCUUCGCCGCCGUCCGCAGCGAGACAGACGCGCUGAAACGCCUCAUCGCCGACUCGUCCGGCCGGGUGCAGGCCGUCUCGGUCGAUGUGACGUCCGAGAAUAGCGUCAAGGGUGCCGCGGCCAAAGUCGAGCAUGGCCUGGGAAACAAGGGCCUUGACGCCGUGGUGAAUGCGGCUGGUGUCAUGGACUUUGUUCCCGAUGGCAUCGAGCACAUGAACGAGCUUAGCUCGACCCUCACCACCAACGUGACAAGCGUACACCUCGUCACGGCUGCCCUGCUACCGCUGCUCCGCCGUGGCAGUCUGAAAAAGAUCAUCAACAUAUCGUCAACCCUCGGGUCCAUCAGCAUGGCAGCCACGUUCUCGCCAAGUCCGGCGCCUGCGUACAAGGUUUCCAAGGCGGCUCUCAACAUGCUGACGGUGCAGUACGCCCUCUCUCUCAAGAACGAGGGCUUCACCGCCGUCGUCAUCUCACCAGGGUGGGUAAAGACGGACAUGGGCAGCUCGCGGGCCGAUCUCGACAUCGAAACGAGCAUCAAGGCGACGCUGGAUAUCGUGGACCGGGUGGGGGCUUCCGACACUGGCAAGUUCUUCAACAUCCACGUUCCGGCAUGGGAGGAUGCCCCAGGAAUGAACCAGUACGACGGCGGGCAGCCUCCGUGGUAG